UUAUUUUUAUAUUUACUUGUCUUUAUUAUUUUAAACCCUCGGAUUCUAGAACUCUGAUAUUACCUAGUCGCAUUUUAACUUUAUUUUUUUUUAAUAACUGUGGUAUCACAAGCUAUUAGUUUAAUUUUUUUUUAUAUUUAAAUACGAAUUUAAGCUAGUGUUGUUUAAUAUUAUUUAGUUGACCCUAUGUAAUGACAUUUAAUGGUCAAACAAAAAAUACAUUCUUUUCUAUUUGGAUCAUGAAUUGGUUAAGAUUAGUGCCAAAACUACAGUGAGUGGUUGCCUUUGCUACUGAUAAUAACUAGAGAGAACAAAUUUGUAUAGUGUCAAUAUUUUUACAAUUAAUUGUUUUUAUUUCUACUUACAUUUUCAUUUUAAUUUGAAAUUUUAAAAAUGGAAUCAGAGGAAGCUGCAGUAAAAAAAUUUCAUAAAAGUGAUUUCAAAAUAAGAUCACACUCUAUUAACUACGUAUCUUCUGAUUAUGAAAGUUUGGAUUAUGAUUAUUAUGAAAGUGAGCUUACGAUAAGAGAGGAAAAAUUAAAUGGUUACAAAACAGUUGUUGCAAGUAAUGUCGUCAGAUGGCUUAUUUAUUUUUCAAUAGCUGUUUGUAUUGCGGCUAUUGGUAUAAUGAUUGACAUCAUCAUUGAAUAUUUAUGCAAUUGGAAAUAUCAAUCAGUUCGUCGUUGUAUUGAUAAAGAAGAUUCUUUAACAAGAUGUAUUAUUAAUUGGAUAUUUUUUACUAUUGUUCCAACAACAAUAGGAAGUUGCGUAGUUUUAUUUAUGGAGCCCUCAACCGCGGGAAGUGGAAUACCAUUUGUAAUAGCAUACUUAAAUGGUAUACGAAUUUCAAGAAUGACCGCAGUACGUUGCUUAUUAGUAAAAAUCAUUAGUGUGAUAUGCGUUUGUGUAGCAGGUCUAGGGGGAGGAAAGGAAGGUCCGUUGAUAAAUAUUGGAGCGAUGGUUGGAGGUUCGGUUGUAGAAGCCUGGUGGAAAGGAUUUAAAAAAAUGUCAGGUGAAAAAAUUAUUGGACCCCUCCAAAACGACAGAGAAAGAAGAGAUAUGAUGGCGGCAGGAGCAGCAGCAGGGUUAUCGGCAGCAUUUGGCUCUCCUGUUGGUGGAACAUUAAUGAGUUUAGAAGAGGGCACGAGCUUUUGGAGCUCGAGUUUGAUGUGGAAAGUGUUUUUUUGUGCUGCCGUAGCUUUUCCAACAUGCAAUGCUGGAAAAAAAUUAUUAUUGGAUAAUAACAUAAAUAUUACAGAAUCACUUUAUAGUCAAAGUUCAUACUUUUUUGGUAAUUUUAAUGAAACAACUCUAACAUUUUCUUAUUCUGAAUUUCCUAUUUUUAUCGCAUUUGGAACUUUUGGUGGAAUUCUUGGAUCGUUAUUUGUUACAAUUAAUAAUCGAUUAUCCAUUUACAGAAUGAAACAUAUUGUAUCAAACAGGAAAAAACUACUUGAAUGUAUACUUACUACAAUUGUUGCGUCUGUUGUCAGUUUCUUAUCUAUUACGAUAUUAAACUGUCAUCCAAAAACAGAAAAAAGCGUAUCACGUGUAGUACAAAUGAAUUGUCCAGUAGGAACUUAUAAUGAAAUAAGUCCAUUUUGGCUUCAUACACAAGAAGAAAAUGUAAGAAUAUUAUUUCAUAGUCAAAUCGACGAAUUUUCGGUAACAUCAUUAUUUUUUUAUUCCAUAAUAUAUUUUUUAUUAACGGUUUAUACUGUUGGCUUAAACAUGUCUGCUGGAUUAUUUUUACCUUUGUUAUUGAUUGGUGCUGCUUGGGGACGUAUAGCUGGCAUAGUUAUUCACUAUUAUGUACCAGAUGUUGUUGGACUUAACCCAGCAAAGUAUGCAUUACUUGGCGCUGCAGCUACUUUAAGUGGCGUUGCAAGAAUAACAAUUAGUUUAACUGUAGUUCUAAUAGAAGCUACUGGAAAUUUACAGUUUUUGAUUCCAUUAAUGAUUACAUUAUUUUCAGCUAAAUGGACUGGUGAUUAUUUCAGCGAAGGUAUUUAUGAAAUGCAAAUGAAAUUAUCGGGUUUUCCGAUGUUGGUUAGCGAGCCUCCACCUAUAACUGGAGACAUAACAGCAGAAGACUUCAUGAAUAAUAAAAUUAUAGCAAUACCACAAAUAAUUAUGAUUGGUACUUUAAUUGACAUAUUGAACACUUCUAAGCAUAAUGGAUUCCCAGUUGUAACUCCCAAUAUAUGUUUCUGCAACCGAGUCAAUGCAAGAGAACAUAAAUGUUAUGGACUUCUUAAAGGGUUAAUUUUACGUUCUCAGUUGAAUGUUAUUCUGAAAAACAAUUUAUACUUAACUCCAUUACACGAUGAAAAUUAUUGUAAAAAAUUAGAAUUAAUCAGAAAAUACACAUAUAAAUGCCAUAAAUCUGAUCCUUUCCAAAAAAUAAAUAUUGAAGAUAAUGAAAGAAGCAUAGUUAUUGAUUUACGGCCUUAUAUGAAUGUGGCGCCUUACAUCAUUAGACUGGAAACAAGUUUACCAAGGACUUUUAGAUUAUUUCGCACACUAGGUCUUCGACAUAUAGUAGUCAUAAAUAAUACAAAUGAAGUAGUAGGCAUGGUAACACGUAAAGACUUAGCAAGAUUUCGCCUUUGGAGAAAAGCCGCCACAAUGGGUUUAAAGGAAAUUAAUUUACAUUUUUUCGAGUGAAGAGAGGCGAUAAAUUAUAGUGCCCCUGGGAGUUGUUGGCUACUCUGUAAACGCCUGCAAAUAUCGCCAUAUUAUUGAGUCUUAUCGUUGGAUAAAGAACCGAACUUCGACUUGCGGUACCUACAUUGCAUUAUCUUUAAAAUCUUACACAGAUUUUAGAAGGUUAUAAUUUGAUUCAUACUAAAUUGAACUGACACACUUUGUCCGACCUUAUUUUCCACAAUAUAUUUGUACAUUGGAUUAUUCUUGAUAAUAAAUUUAUACACAUGAAUGCCUUG